GGUGCGCCGCGCGCUCCUCCCGGCCGACCCGGCGGUUCGCAUACAUGUGAUCGGAGUGGACGGCCCAGCAGCCAGCCGCCGACAGCCGACCACAGACGAGAUGCGGUCGUCGGAGCGCCUCCAGAGGCUGAUGGUGCUUCUUCUGUCGGUGCUUUUGAAGGCCGGCUCCAGGAGCGUCACGCAGCAGGAUGUAGACCUCCAGCUCCAGCUUCUAGAGGACUCCUACCGCCAGGAGAUUGACAAACUCAGGGCCGCAUCUGGCUCAGCCGAGUUCAGAAAUAUUCUAGGUCCUGAUCUGGACAACCCGUUUGAUCUGGACGGCGAGCUCGAUGACGCCGAUCCUGAGGUGUCUCCGGGCCUAUUUGAAGGCGACAUCGCUUAUAUACCCAAUGAGAUAGCGCAGUUCCGUGUCGCUCUCAACACGGAUAUAUUUCCCACACGCAAGUGGGAUACCAACGUGGUGCCAUAUAUCAUCAGCCCCAAAUACGAAAUGAAGCAGAGGAUGUUUAUAGAGGACGCCCUAGACAUACUUAAUUUUAUGACUUGCAUCAAGUUUGUCCCCUGGGACGGCAAGGUUAAAGAUUACCUGGUUAUAUGGCCCGUCAAGAAGCCUGCUGGGUGCUGGUCGUUCAUCGGGAAGCUGGGUGGCGCCCAGAUUGUCUCUCUGCAGCCGCCGGACAGCAAGUCCAAGCGCUGCUUCAUCUCCAUCGGCAAGCCCAUCCAUGAGAUCAUCCACGCGCUCGGCUUCUUCCACGAGCAGUCGCGCUUCGACCGCGACCAGCACGUGUUCGUCAUCAAGAAGCACGUCAUCCCACGUUUCUUGAACAACUUCGCAAAGCACGCUGCUGAGAACACGACGAUCGGGUACACGUACGACUUCACCAGCGUGAUGCACUACGGCACACAUUUCUUCAGCAUUGACCGUAAGGUGCCGACCAUGGUGCCCCGAGUCAACAACACGGUGAUCGGACAGCGCAACGGCAUGUCCGUCAAGGACUGUCUCAAGGUCAACUCCUACUAUGGCUGCAUGGAUGCGUCCGCGUACGACCGCAUGAAGUACUCCAGCAUCUGCCGCUUGAUGGGCAUCAGGAACGACGACACCACCUUCAACAGCCUGUAGCCGGACGUCUCUUGAGCUGUUUGGCCGGUGCCGCGGGUGUCAACACACGGGCCA